GGUGGCGGUACCGGCAGUGGCACCGGCAGUGGCACCGGCACCAUGUCGUGUUCCCUGGUUCCCUUCGGCCACUUCCAGGACCUGGAGGCGGCUCGAGACUUCCUGUGCCCGAACCGUCGCCAGGGCAAGGCAGCGGCUGGCAAGGAGGGCGCAAGCAAAUCUACCAGCUGGGAUGAUGGGGGCUGGGGAGCCUGGGAUGAAGCAGAAUUACAAGAACCUGAAGAAGAGGAGUCUAAUUCCAAGAAUCAGAGAAAUUACUGGCUUCAGGACUGUGUGUUGUCCUUAUCACCAACAAAUGACCUGAUGGUGAUAGCUAAUGAGCAGAAAGCAGUCUUUUUAGUGUCUAAAUGGAAGCAGAGUGACAAGGGAAAAGAGGAAAUGCAGUAUGCUGUUGGCUGGAGUGGCUCUCUGAAUGUUGAAGAAAGUGAAUCUGUGAGUAGUGUAUUGUGUAUCCCAUUGGCAAGUCAGAAGAGGAGCUCCACAGGCCGUCCUGAUUGGACCUGCGUUGUGGUUGGCUUCACCUCUGGCUAUGUCCGUUUUUACACUGAGAGUGGAGUGCUGCUGCUUGCGCAGCUUUUGAAUGAAGAUCCUGUCCUGCAGCUUAAGUGCAGAACCUAUGAAAUUCCCAGGCAUCCUGGUGUCACAGAACAGAAUGAAGAACUAAGUAUCUUGUACCCAGCAGCAAUUGUGACAAUUGAUGGUUUCAGCCUCUUUCAGUCCCUUCGUGCGUGUCGCAAUCAGGUAGCCAGAGCUGCAGCAUCUGGCAAUGAAAAUGUUCAGCCUCCACCAUUAGCUUAUAAGAAAUGGGGUUUGCAAGAUGUGGAUACGAUUGUUGACCAUGCUAGUAUUGGCAUCAUGACACUGUCUCCUUUUGAUCAAAUGAAGACUGCCUCCAAUAUAGGUGGAUAUAAUGCAGCUAUAAAAAACAGCCCACCUGCUAUGUCUCAGUAUGUUACUGUUGGAUCCAGUCCUUUCACCGGUUUCUUUUUUGCCCUGGAGGGUAGCUCACAGCCACUAUUGUCUCACGUUGCCUUAGCAGUUGCAAGUAAACUGACUUCAGCAUUAUUUAAUGCUGCCAGUGGCUGGCUUGGUUGGAAGAGUAAACAUGAAGAAGAGCCUACCCAAAAACAGAAACCAAAAGUUGAACCUGCUACCCCAUUGGCAGUGAGAUUUGGAAUUCCAGAUUCCCGUCGCCACGGUGAAAGAAUAUGUCUGUCUCCUUGCAACACAUUGGCAGCAGUAACAGAUGAUUUUGGAAGAGUUAUUCUACUGGAUGUUACGAGGGGACUUGCAGUUCGCAUGUGGAAAGGAUACCGUGAUGCAGAAGUUGGCUGGAUACAGACUGUAGAGGACCUCAAUGAGAGGGAAGCUGAGAAGAUGGAUUUUUCUCCUUUUGGAAAUGCACAGGGUCCAAGCAGAGUAGCUCAGUUCCUUGUGAUCUAUGCUCCAAGGAGAGGCAUUCUGGAAGUGUGGAGCACUCAGCAAGGCCCUCGUGUUGGAGCCUUCAAUGUAGGGAAAUACUGCAGGUUGUUAUAUCCUGGUUAUAAAAUAAUGGGUCUGAACAAUGUGACCAGUCAAGGAUGGCAGCCUCAGACUUAUCAGAUAUGCCUUGUUGAUCCAGUCUCUGGAAAUGUAAAAACUGUCCAUGUACCUUUCCAUUUAGCACUGAGUGAUAAAAAGAGUGAACGAGCGAAGGAUAUGCAUCUAGUGAAGAAGUUAAAUGCUUUACUCAAAGCUAAACCCUCAGAUCCAGACUUGAUUGAAGCUGAAGCAAAGGAAUUAAUACUUGAUAUCAAAUACCCUGCUACAAAGAAACAGGCUCUGGAAAGUAUUUUGGCAAGCGAACGUGUGCCACUUUCAUCUCUCACAAACAUCACUCAGACAUUAAUGGAUGAUUUAAAAAAACAGGAGCUCGAGUGUGUGGACGAAGGACUACUGCAGUUCUGUGCAAACAAGUUAAAGCUGUUACAUCUUUAUGAACUGGUUAGCAAACUAAAUUCCCAGACAAUACACAAAGACACUCCAUCCUCAGAUAAUGACUUGGCUAAACUGCUUCGCCUGGAAGAAAAAGAUUUUCGUAGGCUCGAAGCUUUGCUGGAGAACUACAAGAAAGAAAACACCCAAGCUGCUGCUCAGUUAGCUGAUGAGAAGGAUGACAUACUGUCUGUGAAAAUGUUCUUGGAAUGUCUGGAAUAUGAAAAGGAUGUCAUUAAUGUGAAAAAUAUGGAAGAUGGAGACUAUGUGGCUUUAGGCAGCUUUUUCUUCUGGAAAUGUUUGUGUGGAGAGAGUUCCACAGAGGAAAUGUGUCAUGCAUUGGAGUCAGCAGGUUUUAGCCCUCAAACAUUGUUGUCCCUCCUUCUCAAUUUGUGGCUUUCCAAGGAAAAAGAUAUUCUAGACAAACCAGAUUCUGUCAGUUGCCUUCACACCAUGCUGUCACUUCUGAGCAAAAUGAAAGUUGCCAUAGAUGAGUCCUGGGACACGCAGUCUGUAUCCCCCUGGUGGCAGCAGAUGCGUACAGCUUGUGUUCAGUCAGAAAACAACGCAGCUGCCUUGUUAACUGCUCACGUUGGGCAUUCUGUAACCGCACAGAUGAUUGACAGUGUGACAGAGAAAAAGUUUUCCCAAAUAAUUGUAGGUUCAGAUGCAGAGUCCUGGGAAGCCCUUUCCCUGGAUACUGAAUAUUGGAAACUUUUGCUGAAACAGUUAGAGGAUUGUCUGAUACUUCAAACACUACUGCAUAGUAAAGCAAGCCAAGGGACAAAAAGAGUUUCAUCACUCCAGAGUGAGCCUUUGGACAGACUUUCUGUCAAGAAAUUACUUGAAGCUGGAAAAGGAGGUAUUGCUGACACUGUAGCAAAGUGGAUUUUCAAGCAAGGCUUCAAUCCUCUUGUACUGAAUUGGGCCCAGCACAGAAACCAUACAGACAGCAGUGAAGAAUCUGGAGAAAUGCAUGCCAAUAUCUUUCUUGAGGAACCAGAAGCAGUUGCAGGCUUGGAAACAAUCCUAGAGCUGCUGCAACUAGCAUAUCAGCAAUUUCCAUGUAGUCUUGAAGUGGAUGUACUCCAUGCACAUUGCUGUUGGGAAUAUGUAGUGCAGUGGAAUAAGGACCCAGAGGAAGCAUGUUUUCUCAUUAGGUCUUUAGAUCAUCUGAGAUGCAUCACUAAUGCUCACAUUCAGCAUGGUAUUGCUCUGAUGAUGUGGAAUACAUUCAUAGUAAAAAGGCUCUCUGCUGCUACAUACCUGAUGGACAAGGUUGGAAAAGCUCCAAAGGACAGAUUAUGCAGACGGGACGUAGGUAUGGGUGACACAGCAAUGACAGCUUUUCUUGGCUGCUGUUCAGAUCUUCUGCAAACACUGCUAGAGGCCGACAUCGGCAACGACGAAAUGCAGGCUCCUGUCUUGGACACUGAGGAUGCUUGGGUUUCGGUGGAAGGACCAGUGUCCAUCGUAGAGCUGGCUCUUGAGCAGAAAAGCAUUCACUACCCUCUGGUGGAGCACCAGUUUGUGUUAUGUGCUAUCUUGUAUGCCAUCAUGAGGUUUUCCUUGAAGAGUGUGAAGCCUCUGUCGCUGUUUGAUAGCAAGGGCAAAAAUGCAUUUUUCAAAGACCUCACUUCAAUUCAGCUGCUGCCUAGUGGGGAUAUGGAUCCAAGUGUGUUAUCCAUACGGCAGCAGUUCUUGGUCAAAGUCGUGAGUGCAGCGGUUCAAACACUCUGCUCAUCAGAAAAGGCCAAAGGAGUCUCAGAAGAAUUGUUUCCUUUUGAAAAGGGGAAGAAUUGGCCAACUUUGGCUGCAGACUUGGCUCAGUAUCUUCAGAUCUCUGAUGAUGUGAUCAGAAGGCAUUAUGUCUGUGAACUGUAUAGUUACGGGAUGGAUCACCUUGGUGAAGAGGCCUUUCUUCAGGUGACUGACAAAGAAGUGCUUGCAUCUCAGCUGCUCAUACUGGCUGGGCAGAGAAUGGCCUUCGCUUUACUUCAUACACAGACAAAGGAGGGUAUGGAAGUCCUUGCUAGGCUUCCUUCAACACUGUGUACUUGGCUCAAAGCUAUGGACCCCCAGGAACUUCAAAACCUAGAAGUGCCAACUGCCACAACAGCUAAACUAGUUAACAAAGUCAUAGAGCACUUGCCAGAGAAUCACGGGCAGUACAGCCUUGCCUUGAACCUGAUCGAGGCUGUAGAAGCCAUCUCCACAUGACAUUGUUGGGUAGCACAGCUCUGCUCCACAGAGGCAUCGUGCAUGGUUUUACACAAGGAGGCUCAACCUUGCAGAAAGGAACAACAAACAGAACUGCUCCCCAAGCCUGCAACUCCGGAAGGUAACUUUAAACUGGAGUAUGUUUUCAAUUCUGCACUAGUAGAAAGAUGUUUAGUUUCUAGUACACUUGUCAGUAUCUCAAAUGCUUUGUUAUUUAUUUCUGACUUGAGUGCUUCUUGAGGUAGUCUAAAUUUGGGUAUAUUUGACAGCAGUUUUAGUCUCUUUACAAAAGCCACAUCUCUUGUAACUCCGUAUUUCAUGCUGGCUGUAACUGCUGCAGUCUCAGUGUUCCAUGUAUGAUUUGUUUCUCCAAACCAAGCUGUAGAUACACCUGAGACAAACUUCGUUCUCUGAAGUUACCAUGUAAAGCCCAUGACUGUACUUUCAGAAGGUAGAGCUGGUGUUGGGUGGGCUCAUGCUUUGCAGCUGCAUUACAUGUGACAGUGACAACUGCACUGAACAGGCUGAAACAUGCUGGGGCUUUACACAAAGGGACAACAGCCCCCCUGAGAAACUGUGUGGGAAGGAGAAGCCAAUUCUCCAGACACAAACGUGGGCUCCUUAUUUGGUCUGGACCUCCCAUUAUUGCCUCUACAGCGCUGGGCUUCAGCUACAACUGGAUUUGCAUCCCUCUUCUUUAUUAUUAAGCUCUGCUGAGUUUAAGUAGGUCAAGGAAUGUCUUGCUGUAAGAUUGUUCCCCCAUCUUACCGCUGUAGAAGAUGUAGUAUGCUAUAAAUCUCUGCACAAGUUAACUUGUAGUCCAAAACUGCUUAAGUAGUUGACCCAACUUCACUGAAGAUCUAUAUAUAGUACUGAGUACUUUAGCCUUAAAAACCAUACUUUUAUUAAUGGUACCUACAGGGAAUCAAAUAGUGACUAUCUUCACUACUGGAGUGGUAUUAAGCAUAUGAUUAUCUUUCAUCAUUUAGUACUGUUUACCUUCUACCUAAAGGAAGCCAGGAGAGAAAAAUGGAAUUGCUGUAAACUGUUUCUGUCUUGAAGUCAGCUGAAAUAACUAGCUCCAUCUUGUAACCUGCUCCUACCUGCUCCAAGUGUGACAAACAUUCAGAGUGGUCUGCCUUGCUGGAGACAGAAUUUAGUCUUACAUUUCUGGAGCACGUGCUACUGUCAUCUAAGGGUUAAGACUCCUCCUGAAAAAAAUGGUUCUGAAGGUGGCUUGUUCUACACAGCUUCCUUCACCUGUUCAGCAUCUCCAGUUGCUGAUCACUGCACUUUAGCUGAUGAAGGCUUCUUGAGAAGUUUUGGUACUCGACGUUCUGACUUCUCAUAGUGAUGUGAGGCCAAGGAAUGGUAAGAGCAAGGGGCCUGCCUUGGUUUAAUGCUUUAGCAAUUUCUAUGCUGACUUCUAUGACAGAGAUUAAAACAGCUGUAGGGGAAAAAAAUGGAAGGCACACAGCACUGCUGCAGAAAUGAGUAUGCUAGAUUUGGUCAUCAUGGAACCUGAGAAAGACUGAAAGUGGUUCUUACUUGUGUUAGAUUCCUGUAUCCUAGUCCAGCUGGGUAAAGGGUUUUACUGUGCCCCAAUAUCAUGUCAGAGUUGACACUACACCAAUCAAAUCUGUAAUGUACUGUAAGUAAUACUCUGUAUAUAGCGCUAUUUUGUGUCUAAUUUGCUGUGGGUUUGUGUAAAUUGAUUAAAUAAAAUUUGAGGUUUCA